AUGCCUAUUUUGUUCAUUCUAGGAGUAUGCACUGAAUACAAUAUUCUAGGAGAAAGAAUACAAGACUUGCACAGCGUUAGAUGUACAAACCAUUCACCACCCUGUCCGCCAAUUUAUCCAUCAACAGAUGCAUACAAAUACGAUUCCUGUUAUAAACUGGUUUAUGAUAAAAGGGGAAAAAGUACAUCUCAAGGACCUGCUUCAUACGAAACCACGAAUACAGACCUAGAAUUGACUACAUUAUCAAUUGUCUUCAACUCUGAAAGUGGCACCAGGGAAAUGCUAAUUGGAAUAAUUGUUGUACUGGCCGUUUUUAUUGUAAUACUUGCUACAGCUGUGAUACACAUGUACUUGAGGAUAUAUACUCGACCUAUCGGAAAAAAGUAUGAUAACGCAGCAGAACAUGAAGAAAUGACUAUGAUGUUAAAAGGCAAUGUGCUUGUGUCUUGUAUGAACACUCUUGAACGCAAAGCAGAAGAAAAUCUAGAUAAUACCCAGAAAUACUUGCAUGAAUACAGGACUUUUGACAAAUAUUUCGUUGAAACACGAAUAUUCAAAAAAAUAAGGCAUCUUCUUAAUAAAACUGGUGUAGCUAUUAUUUCUGGUCCCCCUGGUUGCGGAAAAACGAACGCUGCUAUUCACUUACUUCUUGAUAAAGAUUAUGCUGAAUGGGACAAACGAAAAAUUCAUAAUAGCGAAGAAUUGUCCUUCAUUUUACCUAACAAAAAUACAUUAGUUUUCAUUGAUAAUCUUUUCCAAGAUACUUCUUCCGUGCACAAUGUUGAACAAUGGUGGAAGGAAUUGGACAAAAUAUUUGAUAUAUCUAUAAAAAUGUUCAGAGGAAAGGAUGGUAUACAUAAAGGUGGAAGAGUUCGUCUCUUAAUUACUGCAAGAGAGAAUGUCAUUGAAAACGCAUGCAAGUAUAUGAAAAAUGUUAUACCAGUCUUAAACGAGAAUUCAAUAGUGCGAGUUAUAAAUGAAUGGUGUGACGAUGAGGAGGAAAGUAUUGACACAAGAUCUAUAUUUCCUCUACAGAAAAAAGAAAGAGAAGAAAUUCUGUUUAGUCAGUUUGAAUUUGCAGAAAAAGCAUUUCAAGUGGAAAAUAAAAAAAUAGAAAAAUCAGUAUUGCAAGGAAUCAUAGAAUCGAAUGGGCCAUUAGGGUUUCCUCUUUGUGCACAUUUAUUUGCAUGCAAGGUAGAUUACAGGAUUAAAGGUACAACGUUUUUCUCUGAUCCAACCGAUUAUAUGAAAAUUGAAAUAGAAAACGAAAUAAGCAAUGAUAGAAGCAACAGAACAAAAACAUUGCUUUUCACAAUGUUUGUAUUUGAGUGGCAUAUCAAAAAUAAGGAAAGUUAUGAUCAGCUAAUGAUAAAUAAUGAAGCGUUUUGCAGAAAUUUUCUGAAAGGGGUAUCCGGAGAACUCUUAUCAAAAUUUGAACCAUUUGAAUUUACAGAUUUAACAAUCGUUGCCAAACAAUUAUGCGGCGCUUUUUUAAUUGAAAAUGAAGAUGGCAUAUUUAGAUUUACACAUGAAAGCGUUUUCGAAGCGGUUGCAUCAUAUUUCUGUGAUAGAUAUUUUGCACAAGCUGCGGAUAAUUUUCCUUUAUCUGUCUUGGAAAAUCAAGAAAGUAGUCUAGAAAAUGAAGACAGAAGACGAAUGCUGGCAUUAAGAUUAUUGUACGAAAUUUUUAAUAGAAAAAUCUCAGAAGUAUUCCUUUAUAAAGCGUUUUCUGUCCCCUCCUUUGUAGACUGUUUUUUUGAACAAUUACAGAAACGAGUUGAUCGCGUGAUUAAAAAAUUCUUUGAUUCAACAGACGACAGUUCGGACUUGCCACUCCCACCUUCAUUUUGGGCUGGAAAAGCAAAUCUUUACUAUCUCACUGAGAAGAUGUUGAAAUUAGCUCAAGAGAAAGGUAUAAAGCAUGAUUAUCAUUUAUGUAUGACACUUUUAGGGGAAUGCUGUUCAGUCGAUAAAGGCUUGUUAAAAGAAAAAUAUGAAAAAUAUUGUGAUAUAUUAGAAAUACUGAAAAGCGAAGAAACAGGAGAAUGCUCUUCAGUUGAUGAAGGUCUGAUGAAAGAAAAACAUGAAAAAUAUUAUAUUGCAUUAGAAAAACUGAAAAGUGAAAUAACAAAUUUAAAAAAUGAAAAUAUGGAUUCUAUUCUGCACCUUGUUAUUAAGUCUAGUCGGAGUGACGAACAUAUUUGUAAAAUUAUAAGACAUUUGACCGAAAAAACCAGCAUGAACAUAAAUGAAAGAAAUAAGCAAAAUAUGACACCCAUCAUGUCUGCUUUAGAGUGCAGUAAUCCACGGAUCGAAUGGAGUGAUAAGAGAACUUAUUCAACUGGGAGCAGAAAUUAAAUAUAAAGAUGCUAACGGAUUGACAGUAAUUCAUUAUUGUCUUCGCUCAAAUGUGUCGGAUUUGACAUGUUGUGAAAACCUGGACGUGUUGCUUCAAUGUAAACAAUUCAAAAAACAAAUAAUAAAUUUAGAUGAUUUGGAAGGGGAAACAGCUUUGAAUGUUGCAGCAAAACACAACAAAUACAGUAGACUACAUAGUAUUUUGACAUUAUUUGAUAAAUGUCCAUACAUAAACCCAAAGACCUUAAAUUUGGAUGGAUUUUCACCCAUUCAUAGUGCAGUGUCAAAUUUGAAGGGAGAUGAUGUCAUGAUUAAUCUUGAACGUUGUGCACGUGUUGCGAUUUUCAUCAUAUAUGGGGUAGAUCCGGAUCAGGAAGCAGAUAUUUACGACGAUCAAGAGACAAGUAAAAGCGGUGAUCAGAUGAUCAAAGAAGUAAAAGGCCUUACUGCGAAAGACAUAUGCAUUAAAAUGAAAUACUCUCACACAGAGGCAAUUUUAAACAAUUGCUCAAAUCAAAAUCAAAUAGCUGAAAUAAUUGAAGAAAUAUUGCAAAGCACACAAAAGGAUAAUCAUGCACAUGAAGUCACAGUCAUAAAUCCUGCGGAGAAAAUGACGGAUAAAUUAAUGUUUGCAA